AUGGCUGCUCUUCCUAAUACCUACGACGAGCCCGUCCGUAUCGCCGUCAUUGGUGGUACUGGUCUUCGUGAGCUUCCUGGCUUCACCCAGGUUGCGUCGCUGUCGGUCACCACCCCCUGGGGCAACCCCUCCUCCCCGAUCACCAUCCUGCACCACCAGUGCUCCCACAACAACAAGACCGUCGCUGUCGCCUUCCUGAGCCGGCACGGCGCUCACCACCAGAUUGCGCCCCAUGAGGUUCCGGCCCGCGCCAACAUUGCUGCCCUGCGCUCCAUCGGUGUCCGUACCAUCAUUGCUUUCUCUGCUGUCGGCAGCUUGCAAGAAGAGAUCAAGCCCCGUGAUUUUGUUAUCCCCGAUCAGGUCAUCGAUCGUACCAAGGGUGUCCGCCCAUGGACCUUCUUUGAAGGAGGUGUGGUUGCGCAUGUUCCUUUCGGAGAUCCCUUCGACGAGGGUAUCGCCAAGGUUGUUAGAGCUUGCGGACACAGCCUGGAGGGCGAGGGUGUUGUUCUGCACGACCGGGGAACUCUGAUCUGCAUGGAGGGCCCCCAAUUCUCCACUCGUGCUGAGAGCAACCUAUACCGUUCCUGGGGAGGCAGCGUCAUCAACAUGUCCUGCUUGCCUGAGGCUAAGCUGGCUCGUGAAGCUGAGAUUGCCUACCAGAUGAUCUGCAUGUCUACUGACUAUGACUGCUGGCAUGAGGCGACAGCCGACGUCACUGUCGAGAUGGUCAUGGGUCACAUGAAGGCCAACGCCCAAAACGCCAGACAUUUCGUCACUGCCGUCCUUGAUGCUUUGGCCAGCGACGAGAACUCUGAGCUUGUUCAGGCGAAGCAUGUUGCAGGAUCCAUCAAAUUUGGUCUGAGCACGGCUCAGGCCAACUGGAGCCCUGAAGCCCGCGAGAAGCUGGAAUGGCUCUUCCCCGGAUACUGGAACUAG